UACCCUCAAGCCGGAAGUUGUUGGUAUCCAUCAAAUAUUUCAUACGUAGCUAACUAACUGAAUUGAUGAUUUAUCGCCCAUCUAAUUGGGGUGCAUUUAUAACUAAUGCCUUCCCCAAAAAGUCAUAAAUGAAGAAAUUGGUGCCUCACAAGACCUAAUACUAGUAACGACGUUAUUCCCGCCGGCGGAUUGCCAUGGCUACUAGGAUGAAGUUAAAACUGAAGACUGUGUUUGUCCUCUACUUCAUGGUCUCACUUAUGGGCCUCAUCUACGCUCUCAUGCAGCUUGGCCAGCGCUGUGACUGUGCAGAGCAUGACAUGCCCAAGGACCGUACUAUCUCUCGUCUGCGGGGGGAACUGCAUCGGCUGCAGGAGCAGAUGAGGAAGGCUGAGCCCACCAAACUCCCUCAAAAACUAGCAGUGAAACCGGCCCAACCCACCAUCUACGUCAUCACACCAACCUACACCAGGUUUGUCCAGAAAGCCGAGUUAACCCGGCUUGCCCAGACGUUCCUCCAUGUCCCUCAGCUCCACUGGAUCCUGGUGGAAGACUCUCCCCAUAAAACCCCUCUGGUCUCUGGGUUCCUGGCCUCCAGCGGCCUGGCCUACACACACCUCCACACUCCCACACCACGCGACCGCAAACUACAGGAGGGUGACCCUAGCUGGUUGAAACCCCGCGGGGCGGAGCAGAGGAACGAGGGGCUGCGGUGGCUGAGAGAGGACAGGAGGGGGCAGCCUGGAGCAGACACACAGCUGGGGGUGGUCUACUUCGCUGACGAUGACAACACAUACAGCCUACAGCUAUUUGAGGAGAUGCGUGGUACCCAGCAUGUGUCUGUGUGGCCAGUCGGCCUGGUGGGAGGGAUGAGAUAUGAGAGACCUGUGGUCGAGGGGGGGAAGGUUGUACGCUUCCAUACUGGCUGGCGCCCCAGCCGCCCCUUCCCAUUGGACAUGGCUGGCUUCGCCGUGUCGCUCAAGCUGGUGAUAGCCAAUCAGGACGCAUGUUUCGACGGCGACGCACCGAUGGGGUUCUUGGAAAGCAGCUUCCUGCAGGGACUGGUUACCAUGGAUGAACUGGAACCUAAGGCGGAGAAUUGUACUAAGGUGUUGGUGUGGCACACGCGGACAGAGAAGCCCAAGAUGAAACGAGAGGAAGCGCUUCAGAAACAAGGCCUGGGGUCUGAUACUGCUGUAGAGGACAAUGACCCAACACACCUUCAGGCUUUGUAAGGGCUAUUUUACCAAGAAAGAGAGUGA